CUAAACUACCGUAUUAAAUGUCUUUCAGCCUCCAAAGCUCCGCGCCAGGCGCAGGAGCCGCCCGAUCUGCGCCGCGGGCGCGUCGCCAGGCGUCGUCCUCUGCGGCACGACGACGGCCCAGAGCGUCGCGGCGUCGUGCCUGGCGUCGCCGCGCGGCGGGAGCGCCGCCAAGCGCCGCGCCGCCGCCGCCUGCAAGUCGAGGUCCUCCGCGUGGCGCGCCUCGACGGCAAGGCAGUCGUCGAGCCACUUGAGGACCGCCUUGCGCGGCACGAGCAGCAGGUCGCACGUCGCCGCCGCCACGACUCCGCACUCGCCCUUUUGAUCCAACACCUCGGCGAAGGCGCUCAAGGCCGACACGGACUCGGGGUCCCGCGCGACGAGCUCGCAGACCGGCGGGAUGGGCGCGACGCGCCGAACCUCGCGCGCCGCAUCCACCUCCGCCGCGAAGCGCAGGCCGAGGGGCAUCCACGGCCGCCAGCUGCGCCGCGGGCAGCGGAGCUCGACGUUCCGGGCGCAGCUGGCGGCGUCGACCCGGAGCCGCGGGAUGACGCCGACGCCGACGCUCUUGCUGUCGUCGGCCAGCGAGCAGUGCUGCAGGAGCGCCAGCGUCUCGGUGAGAGACGAGGGCGGCGGCGCCGGCGCGUGCACGAGCUUCUGGAGCUCCGCGGCGCGCGCCCGCCAGGGGUGCAGCAGCGCGGCGAAGGCGGGCGUCUCCCAGCCCUUGGCGGUGAUCCGGAGGCGCGCCCAGUUUUCCGGGUCCAGGUACUUCAUGAGGAUGGCGCCGACGACGGCGGACGGGAGAUGCGCGUCCAGAGGGCUUGCUAACGAGGGCUUUUCCAUGGUUGCGCCGGGCGAGGUUCGCGCGGUGGCCAGGAGCAGGCUUUGGUGGAGUGGUACCACCCGCGUGGGCGGCUAUGAGCUCGUAACGUUGCUGUCUCACUUUCGCCGCGCUGGGCCGUUUCCGCGUCGUUUCGACCGCUGGAAACGCGGUCUUUCGAGAACGCUACUCCGGUCGCACUGUGCUAACCGUUUUUGUUGUUGCGCUGUGGGCGUGCUCGUCGCGCGGCACGCAACAACGAGGAGCUUGGCAGCUUCGCGCUCGACUUUGG